UCAGCUUGAGAUGAGUUGUGACGUAUGCCAGGAUUACAUCCUUUGCACUAACUCUCCUGUCAACGUCCUUACAAACAGUAGCAGAUGUCCACUAAUGGAAGAAACAGAUGCUACUUUACAGUGUGUGAGCAAUUAUAGUGUCGAUGCACAGUCUCUUGGCCGGCUUAUGAAUGGAACUGCCCCGUGGAAUGGCCGCCUUGAGAUGUUCUACAAAAGAAGAUGGCGCAAAGUCUGUGCCAGAAGGUUUACGAAGCAAGAGGCGCAGGUGGUCUGCAGGAUGCUGGGCUUCAACACGUCGCAAGUUUUCGCCGUGGAUACAAAUAGCUUCGACUACAAGCUACAUUUGUACUAUUUAUUCCUUGAUGGACUCUCGUGCACAGGCGAGGAGACCAGCUUACAAAAUUGCAGCCAUUCUCGGUUUUACGUGGACACCUACUGCUCAGCUGUCGUUGCUAUCACCUGCAACACAGGUAAGAACCUGCUGUUUUUAUUCUCUUGUCUCCAUUCGAAAAAAGAAAGAUAAUUUAAAGAAUAAAUUCAUCGCAUUAGGC